UUGAUGGAAGCAGAUACAUGUGAAUUUUCUGUGUGAAGACUCUCAAACUGGAUUACAUAAUAAUAUGCCUGUGUCCUCUGACUCUAUUAUUUGGAUCCUUAAAAAUGAUUAGGUUUGUAUAUGAAAUUUAACCCAUUUCUGAUGAGUGACCUAGACAUGAGUUUACAUCGGCAAAUGGGCUCUGAUCGGGACCUCCAGUCUUCUGCUUCCUCUGUGAGCUUGCCAUCAGUUAAAAAGGCACCAAAGAAAAGAAGAAUUUCAUUGGGCUCUCUUUUUCGGAGAAAAAAAGACACGAAACGGAAGUCUAGGGAUUUAAAUGGAGGUGUUGAUGGAAUUGCAAGUAUUGAAAGUAUUCAUUCAGAAAUGUGUACAGACAAGAACUCUAUUUUCUCCACGUGUACCUCUGCCGAUAACGGAACAACCUCUAGCAGCAAACCAAGUGGAGACUUCAUGGAAUGCCCCUUGUGCCUUUUGCGGCACUCCAAGGACAGGUUCCCGGAGAUAAUGACUUGUCACCAUAGAUCUUGUGUGGAUUGCUUGCGUCAGUAUCUCCGGAUAGAAAUCUCCGAGAGCAGAGUUAAUAUUAGCUGUCCAGAAUGCUCAGAACGAUUUAAUCCUCAUGAUAUUCGUUUGAUAUUAAAUGACGACAUCUUGAUGGAAAAAUAUGAAGAGUUUAUGCUUAGGCGAUGGCUGGUUGCAGAUCCUGAUUGUAGGUGGUGCCCAGCUCCAGAUUGUGGAUAUGCUGUGAUCGCUUUUGGAUGUGCCAGCUGUCCCAAACUUACAUGUGGACGAGAAGGCUGCGGAACUGAGUUUUGCUACCACUGUAAGCAGAUUUGGCAUCCAAACCAGACUUGCGAUGCUGCUCGCCAGGAGAGAGCUCAAAGUCUGCGCCUGAGAACAAUUCGUUCUUCAUCUAUUAGUUACAGCCAGGAAUCUGGAGCAGCAGCUGAUGACAUAAAGCCAUGCCCACGCUGUGCUGCUUAUAUAAUAAAAAUGAAUGAUGGAAGCUGCAAUCAUAUGACUUGUGCUGUCUGUGGCUGUGAAUUCUGUUGGCUAUGUAUGAAAGAGAUCUCAGAUUUACAUUAUUUAAGCCCAUCAGGUUGCACAUUUUGGGGAAAGAAACCAUGGAGCCGUAAGAAGAAAAUACUGUGGCAACUAGGGACACUUGUUGGAGCUCCUGUAGGAAUUGCCUUAAUAGCUGGCAUUGCUAUUCCUGCUAUGAUUAUUGGAAUUCCUGUGUAUGUGGGGCGUAAGAUUCACAAUCGAUAUGAAGGCAAAGACAUUUCAAAGCACAAGCGAAACUUGGCUAUAGCAGGUGGUGUAACCUUAUCUGUAAUUGUUUCGCCAGUUGUAGCUGCAGUAACUGUAGGUAUUGGUGUUCCUAUUAUGCUGGCUUACGUAUAUGGAGUUGUUCCAAUUUCCCUCUGCCGAAGUGGAGGCUGUGGUGUGUCAGCAGGCAACGGAAAAGGUGUCAGGAUAGAAUUUGAUGAUGAAAAUGAUAUAAACGUUGGUGGAACAAAUGCAGCUGUAGAUACCACUUCAGUAGCAGAGGCACGUCAUAACCCUAGCAUAGGCGAAGGAAGCGUUGGAGGACUGACUGGCAGCUUGAGUGCGAGUGGUAGCCACAUGGAUAGAAUAGGAGCCAUUCGAGACAACCUAAGUGAAACCGCUAGUACCAUGGCCCUGGCUGGGGCUAGUAUAACAGGGAGUCUCUCAGGAAGUGCAAUGGUUAACUGCUUUAACAGACUGGAAGUACAAGCAGAUGUGCAGAAAGAACGUUACAGCCUGAGUGGAGAAUCUGGCACAGUUAGCUUGGGAACAGUUAGUGAUAAUGCCAGUACCAAAGCAAUGGCGGGAUCCAUUCUGAACUCCUACAUCCCUUUGGACAGGGAAGGCAACAGUAUGGAAGUGCAAGUGGAUAUUGAAUCAAAGCCAGCCAAAUUCAGACACAACAGUGGAAGCAGUAGUGUUGAUGAUGGCAGUGCUGCAGGUCGUAGUAAUGCCGGUUGUUCAUCAUCCUGCUUGCCAGAAAGUAAAUCUAGUGCCACCAAGUGGUCCAAAGAAACAACAGCAGGAAAAAAAUGUAAAGGUAAGCUGAGAAAGAAGAGUAGCAUGAAGAUAAAUGAGACAAGAGAGGACAUGGAUGCUCAGCUGUUGGAACAACAAAGCACAAACUCCAGUGAAUUUGACUCUCCCUCUCUUAGUGAUAGUAUUCCAUCCGUAGCAGAUUCGCACUCGAGUCAUUUUUCCGAGUUUAGUUGCUCAGAUAUGGAAAGUAUGAAAACUUCCUGUAGCCAUGGUUCCAGCGACUAUCAUACUCGCUUUACCACAGUCAGUGUUCUCCCAGAGGUGGAAAAUGAUCGCUUGGAAAACUCCCCCCAGCCAAGUGGAAUCCCUGCGCCUGUUCCAACAGCCCCAAGCACUGAUGUUCCACAGCUGAGUAACAUUGCUGAGGAAAACAUUAAUAACGGAUCUUCGAAAGAUGUAGAUUUAGGUAUUGGUGAAACACUGAAAGAAACAAACAACAACCAUUCACAACAUGCUGUGGAAUUAAGCACUGCUAUUCAGACUGAAAUUUAAGCCUAUAAGUGCUGCAAAAAUAUAUGUACCACUAAUGAACCCUGUCUGAAAGCUGGUUGAAUUACAUGCGACUUCCGUAAGUUUCAGGUGACCAGCAGAAGCAAGGUUUUGAUACAACUGCAUUUUAUAUAUACUUGUCUGAUAAGGCAAAAUACUUCAUAUGGAUCUUAGACCUGUGUGAAGAGACAUGAAGGCUUUAACCAAGUGCAUUACAGCAGUACAAAUACGUCCAUGUUUUGUAUUUUUGCCACAACUUUGCUUGAAAGCAUAUACUUGGUGUAUUUAGAUAAAAAUUGGUAAAUUCUUGAUAUGUUAAAUGCUGAAAUGAAUAAUAUGUCCUGCACUGUUCACUUGGAAAAUAUGGGGUUUGGGAUAAAUGGGUGUUAGCUGAGCGUUAGUGACUUAAAACCAUUCUUGUGUGAACUCUAUUUAAGGGAAGCAAAAGUUUUGCAGAGACCUAUACAAACGUAUUUCAACAGUGAAUAUUCGUAAUGAUAAUUUUGUUUCAUAACUGGACACACUAUUUAGAAUGCAUGUAGAAUGAACCGCAUAUCUUCAGAUGGAUGUAGCCUGUGUCAGAAGUGUUUAUGGCAUUUUACAUAAUUUUGAAACAGAAGAGAUUGGUACUUUAACAUAUGGUGGAAUGGAGACAUCACCUGUGAAGAACAGUGGGGUUACUUAUUUAUUCACGCAACCAACCAUGCAGCAGAUAAGGCUACUAUAUAGCGUAUAAAAACUGUAAAAUAACAAUCCAGUGAUUUAUAAGCAUUGUAGAAAAGCAGAUGCAGUCACCUUUCAUUAGGGGGGAAAACGGUACCCCAUCAAUUCUUGGUGCCUUCGGGAAAGACUGGGUUUGAAGUGCCUGGUCGUUUGAGGAUUUUACUGUAAUGUUUUCCAGAAUGUCCUCUUUGGCCACCUUGGAUCACAAAAGAAAAUUCUAGUGAAUAAAAUGACUGUGGUAGAUAAAUGUAUAGUAAUAAUGAAGUAUUGGCCUACCAAAGACUCACUCAGGCUUUAGUGGACAUGACAUCUCUUUGCAAGACAUGCAUAUCUUCAGUCUCAGAAUCAAAGUGCAGUGCAAUGACUGCCCAAGUGCAAAGAUGGGUUCCAAAUAUGCUGGCUUUUUCUUUUCCUUUUGCAUAUGGAAGAUGUACAGCUGAACACAAGCUGAAGUUGGCCAAAGCGCCUGCACUGUUAACAUUUUUUUGCUAAGUAAUUCACUAAAAUGGAAAAAAAAAAAAAAAAUGUGAAUAUCAAAAUAACAGUUAACAAUGUUCUGUCUCGUGUUUCAUGUAUUGCCAUUAUGGUGCUACUGGAAGUUUGGUUGGAUAAAAAGAAAAUGCCAUCAGCUGCAGUCCUCUUCCAUGACCUAGCCUCACCAGUUUCAGUAAUAUGCUUAUAACACUAGUGCCAGUUAUGUUAUUUGAUGCUUGUUACAGUAUUUGUAUAUUUGCAAUUCAGUUUUGCUCAAUAAUAUGCGUGUAAACUGCCUAUCUGAAAUAAAUGUCUAAAUACUGACUUCUAGUGGUCCUUU